AGCCUUAUGAAAGAAAAAUUGAAAAGAAUUAUUUUUUGUAUUUGACUAGCUGCACUGCAUACUGUACAGUAUAGUUAACUCAGAGAGAAUGGCUAAAGAACCAGACAAUUCUCUUUACCCAAUAGCAGUUCUCAUCGAUGAACUGAGAAAUGAUGACGUGAACCUUCGCCUCAACUCUAUCAAGAAGCUGUCCACCAUUGCUCUAGCUCUAGGAGACGAGCGGACACGCAGUGAGCUCCUCCCAUUCCUUACAGAUACUCUAGAUGAUGAUGACGAGGUUUUGUGGGCACUAGCUGAGCAACUUGGAGACAAAGACUUUGUUGUGUUUGUAGGUGGUCCCAACUACGCCCACACUCUCUUGCCUCCUUUGGAAAGUUUAGCAGCUGUGGAAGAGACGGUAGUACGAGACAAGGCAGUUGAGAGCCUGCGCUCUGUUGCUGGUCAUCAUUCUCCUGAGGCUAUUGAGGAGUUCUUCGUUCCAAUGAUCCGACGGCUAGCAUCAGGAGAAUGGUUCACUUCACGUACAUCAGCAUGUGGUCUAUUCGCUGUGGCUUACCCUAGCGCUACUGACGCUACCAAACAAGAACUACGCAAGAGCUUCAACAACUUGUGUACUGACGAUACUCCCAUGGUCCGUAGAGCAGCAGCUGGGAAGCUAGGGGAGUUUGCUGUGGCAGUGGAGGGGGAGAUGGUCAAGAGUGAUGUCAUCCCUCUCUUUCAUAACCUUGCUAAUGAUGAACAAGACUCUGUGCGGCUCUUGGCUGUGGAGGCUUGUGCUGCCAUUGCUGGUACUCUCACUAAAGAUGACAUUGAGACCCUUAUUGCACCAACUCUCAACUCUGCUGCUAAGGACAAGUCCUGGAGGGUCCGCUAUAUGGUGGCUGACAAGUUUGUAGAGUUACAAAAGGCUGUAGGUCCACAACUGACCAAGACCAACCUUGUGCACGCAUUUGCUAGUCUCCUCAAAGACCCAGAGGCUGAGGUUAGAGCUGCUGCCUCUAAUAAGCUCAAAGAGUUCUGUGAGAAUCUUGGUGAAGAGUAUCGCACUGAAGCUAUCCUGGCUCAGAUCAUGCCGUGUAUUCAAACCCUGGCUACUGAUGCUAACCAACAUGUCAAGAGUGCCCUUGCUUCUGUUAUUAUGGGCCUUUCUCCACUAUUAGGCAAAGACAACACCAUUGAGCAUCUCCUGCCCCUGUUCCUUGUUCAACUCAAGGAUGACUGUCCUGAGGUGAGGUUGAACAUAAUCUCAAGUCUGGAGAGUGUUAACAAGGUGAUAGGGAUCAGUCAGCUCUCCCAGAGUCUAUUGCCUGCUAUAGUGGACCUGGCAGAGGAUACCAAGUGGAGAGUACGAUUAGCCAUCAUUGAGUAUAUGCCACUACUAGCUGAGCAACUGGGUGUGGAAGUAUUUGAGGAGAAGCUGAAUGCUCUGUGCAUGCAAUGGCUCAUUGAUAAUGUGUACGCCAUUCGUCAAGCUGCCACCGUUAAUCUGAGGAACCUCGUUGAGAAGUUUGGCUCAGAUUGGGCUAGGGUUGCUAUUCUCCCUAAAGUACUGGCCAUGGCUCAGGACCCUAACUAUCUUCAUCGCCUCACUACCUUGUUUUCCAUCAAUGUGCUCACUGAAGUGUGCAGUGAAGAAGUGGUACAAGGAUCUAUGCUUCCUGUGGUACUCAAGCUAGCCAUAGACCCUGUGGCUAAUGUACGCUUCAAUGUGGCCAAGAGUCUCACCAAGAUAGCAACCAAGGUGGACAAGGAGUUGGUGAGUGGGGAGAUGCUGCCAGUACUGGACAAGCUCACACAAGAUGAUGACAGUGACGUGAGGUACUUCUCUGAUGAGGCCAUCGCUAGUGUCAAGUAGACUAACUAAUCACGAACUAUUUAAUUUUGUUUUAGUAGCAGAGCAAUUAUUAUAUUACUUGAAACGUACAUUUUUGCUGUAUAUAUAAUUAAUUAUGUUAGUGAGAAGAUGAUACUCAUAUAGUAAAUGA